AUGCAAAACUCCCAGAAAGGAUUUCUUCCUUUCAGACAUGGAGUUCCUCUGUCUAAUGACCAAAGGCCUACGAAUCUUAAGGAAGAAAAUAUGAUGAGACAGGUUCCUUAUGCUUCAGCAGUGGGAAGUCUCAUGUAUGCCAUGCUUUGUACUAGACCAGAUAUCUGUUAUUCAGUUGGCAUGGUCAGUCGAUAUCAAUCAAAUCCAGGACUAAAACAUUGGCAAGCUAUAAAUCAUAUUCUCAAGUAUCUACGGAGAAUGAGAGGUUAUAUGCUUGUUUACCGGUGUGAGGAUUUGAUUCCCAUUGGUUAUACAGAUUCAAAUUUUCAAUUAGAUCUUGAUUUCAGAAGUUCCACUUCAGGUUAUGUAUUCACCUUGGGAGGUAGAGCCAUAAGUUGGAGGAGUGUUAAGCAAUCGUGUAUUGCUAACUCCACCAUGGAAGCUGACUAUGUUGCUGCUUGUGAAGUGGCAAAGGAAGUUGUUUGGCUCAAGAAAUUCCUUUUUGAUCUUGGUGUUAUGAGAAUAGAGAAAGUUCCUAUCACAUUGUUUUGUGAUAAUAUUGGAGCGGAUGCACAAUCCAAAGCUUCAAGGAAUCACAAGAAAGGAAAGCACAUUGAAAGAAAGUACCACAUUAUUCUAGACAUUGUUGCUCGAGGAGAUGUAGUAGUAGUAAAGAUAGAUGGUGCAAAUAAGCUAGCAAAUUCCUUUAACAAAGCCUUGCCCCAAAGGACCUUUAAGUCACAUGUGGAAGGAAUGGGAGUUAGAUUAGUACACAAUAGUCUUUAG